GGGAAGGCCGCUUCGUGACCGCCUCGCCGCCGCGUCCGUCUGUGACGUCUUCGCGCAGCACCUCCCUCGCCGCUUCCUGCCUCUGCGCGGACCCCUUUCCGAGCCUCUGGCGUUUCGCAGACUGAAAGCACCCCCCUCCAACUCCCUGCGGUGGACUCCCUUGCGACUGCUCCCUGUUAACUUGGUUCCGGCGGGGAGAGCUUAGCGAGGGAUUUUGUAUUGGAAGACAUGGAUCUUGCAGCCAAUGAGCUCAGCAUUUAUGACAAACUUUCAGAGACUGUUGAUUUGGUGAGACAGACAGGCCAUCAGUGUGGCAUGUCAGAGAAGGCAAUUGAAAAAUUUAUCAGACAGCUUCUGGAAAAGAAUGAACCUCAGAGGGGACCGCCUCAGUAUCCCCUUCUUAUAGCUAUAUACAAGGUCCUGGUAACCCUGGGAUUAAUCUUGCUCACUGCCUACUUAGUAAUUCAGCCUUUCAGCCCAUUACCACCAGAACCAGUGCUUUCUGGCGCUCACACCUGGCGUUCACUCGUCCAUCACAUCCGGCUGAUGUCCUUGCCCAUUACCAAGAAGUAUAUGCCAGAAAAUAAGGGCAUUGCUCUGCACCGGGGUGAUGAAGACAGACCUUUUCCAGACUUCGACCCCUGGUGGACAAACAACUGUGAACGCAAUGAGUCAGACCCCAUCUCUGCCAACUGCACUGGCUGUACCCAGAAGUUACCCCUGAAGGUAAUGCUCCUGGAAGAUACCCCGAAGAAGUUUGAGAGACUCCAUCCUCUGGUGAUCAAGACGGGACAGCCCCUGCUGUCUGAGGCCCUUCAGCACUUUUUGUGCCAGUACCCAGAGGCAACAGAAGGCUUCACCGAAGGGCUUUUCACCAAGUGGUGGCGCUGCUUUCCUGAACGGUGGUUCCCCUUUCCUUAUCCCUGGAGAAGGCCUCUAAACAGAGCACAAAUUUUACGUGAACUAUUUCCUCUUUUCACCUACCUGCCAUUUCCAAAAGAUGCUUCCUUGAAAAAGUGCUUCCUUCUUCAACCAGAACCUAUUGUGGGGAGUAAGAUGCAUAGGAUGCACGACCUGUUCGCCAUCGGCAGUGGCGAGGCCAUGUUGCAGUUGAUCCCUUCCUUCCAGUGUCGAAGACACUGCCAGUCCAUGGCGAUGCCGCUAGAGCCGGGGGAUAUUGGCUAUGCCGGUGCCUCCCACUGGAAGGUCUACGUUGUAGCCAGAGGAGUCCAGCCUUUGGUCAUCUGCGAUGGCACCACUGUCUCAGAACUAUAAAGAACAGAGCUAUAUAGAGGAACAUCUCUGAGUGCUGAAGGCCAGGUGGAAAGGGGGAAAUAAAAACCAAAACCCAUGAAACCAUUUUCCAGGGGUUGGUUACUGAGUUACCUGCCCCGUGCAUGUGUGUGCAAGCCUGGGCGGUGGGAGCCGAGGCCGGGGCCGGCCCUCCGCCCUCCUGACUCCUUCAGCCAGCAUCAGCCAGGACUUUGCCCCAUCUCUGUCUGUGAGAGUGGGCACGGGCCUCGCCUGCGGUGGGAAGCAGGGUGGGUGCUUCCCUGACUGACCUGAAGCCCCCUGCCAGCCUCCUGACCACAGGGUGGACAGCCCCAGCAGGCCUGACUUCAGCGCCAUCCUGUAUCAGGUGCACCUGCUUGUCCUGUCCUGGCCACACCACCCUGUUCUUUCCUGGACAACCAUGACUGAUGAAAGAAGUCGUUGCAGUUGCCCAAGCAGAAUGGACUCUAGAACCAAUGAGAAAAGAUGGAAGUAACCUCACUGGGCACUAGAAAAUGCACUUCUUCCCCAGCAUCUGCGACUUACAGUCUCAGAGGGGCCAGGCCGGUGCCUGAUUGCAAUUAAAAUGCUAAUUCCGAAGGUAACAUCUCCAUUUUUCUCAGUUGUUUAUGCUCUUCCCAGCAACCCCCUCCCCCUUGCCUCUCCAGACGAUUUCUCAGAAGUUGAGCUCCGGCCCCUCCGCUGGCCGGCCAGAGCCCCCCCUGCUGAGGCAGCACGGCUCCUGUCAGCUGUGUUGCUUUUACCAAGUGUCUUCAGAGGGGGAUGAGUUAGAGCUGGCCGGGGAGAGGGUGCGUCCCUGGGUUUGAUCUUUAGGGUCUGACUCUGCAGGGAAAUGUUUCACAGAUGUUUCGCUCUGAUGUCGUAAUGUGGUCAGGGAAGGAGCUCCAGACCCAGAGCGGUGGCCAGCUGGGCGUGCAGUUCUGUGAUCCUUUGUCUUAAAAUGGUUCCUCUUCGUGCUGGGGAACAAGGUGAGGUGUUUUUAUUUGUUUUAUUCGUAACUCACCCUGCUCUUUUGGUUGGCAGAUUCACUCUGCUUCUUGCUUUUCACGUAGGUAUGAGUCAGAAGGUGUCAGCGAGGACACUCUCGUCGUUUCUCCUUUCCUUUAUUGACACUACUGGCUGUGUGGCCUCUGGUCAUGCCCAUCACCGGGAUGCAGACAAAACAAACCACACUGUGGCUCCUGAUUCUCAGUGGCAGAAAUCCACUGGACCGGGAGGUGUCUGUGGCCAGAGGCAGACAGUGGGAGGGACAGGCAUGGGGCUCCUUUUGGGGUUCUGUCCAUGAGGAGGUGUCCCUGUACCUGGUGCGGGCCCGCUUUCUCUCCUCAUCUCACAAGCAGCUGCGGUGCUGCUCAGGCGCUGGCUUGUGGGCUUGCAGAGGGCAAGCAGGGUCCACAGAACUCGGGCUGGAAACCUCAGCGCCUCCUUCAUGGCUUGGAGUGAAAUGAGGAUGAACUGUACCUGAGGGAAUUUUCCCUUCAAAGAAUCAGUGCCUUGUGUGGAUCAAGACAGAAAAACAACAUUUUGUGCAUAUAAAUGUCAUGCUGCUAAGAAGUUAAGAUUUAAGAGGUUUUAAGUCAGAGGGAUCCUUCAGACGCCAACUUUGCACAACCUCUUAGAGCCUUUGCAGUGUCCUUAUCCCUCCUGCACACGGGACAGGGUCAUCUGUGUAAACAAGGUCUUUAAAAGCCUUUCCUCUCCGCCUUCUUAAAUUAGGCCCUUUGGGUUAACAAAGGAGAGUGUUCCUUAGGAACAAAGCAACUGUUUAAAUGAUUUGAGAUUGCUGUUUUGUUUUCAUAAAUUACACUGUGUUCCUUUUUCAUUUUACUCCCGCCCUUCACACCUUAAAUGCCCGUGAAAAACCCACUUUGGCUCCACAUUUUAAAAGCCAAGCACUUACUGGUGCUCUGAGGCAGUACCCGGGAAGUCCCCAAAGCCCCAGUUCAACAAGAAGUGAAAGUGGAGCUGGAGCCUUUGGGGCAUACGCUGCUCAACUGAACAUUCAUCCGGUCCAUGAUUGAAGAUAGAUUUAUGUUAGGGCAGAACUUCAAAGAAGGUAUUUUGUUCUACCUCCUUCUUAAGAUGACACUGAUAAACAGAACCUGCCGUGGCCAGGCCUGUGUGAGCAACAUGGGGCUGCCAGCCAGUCCUGGCUACCCAGGGCCUGUGUGAGGGAGGUGGGGUUCCCUGUGCACUUAGCUCUCAGCUGCCCCAGGAAAGUAGCAGAAGUCCCUCUUCAUGACUUGGCGUGGGAAAGAGGGUCAUCAAGAUGAGGAAGAAGGGUCAGGGGCCCCGGCGCCCCAUCACCUAUACAGCCACAAAAACAAAACCAAGGGCUGUAAGGAGAGGUCCUUGCUCAGGGGGCUCUUGAGUGUCCACUGACAAGAGCACAGAGCUGACGUCCACGGGUGGGCUGGAUUUCCUUUCUCGUAGGUUCCAGCAUCAGAAGUCAGCUCUCUGGAGCUGCUCUGGCAGCAGCUGGGAGCCUGUGAUGUCCAGAAGCCUCAAGUCUCUGGGAAUCAAGUAUCGAGCACAGCAGUACACUGUGGCUUAAACGUUGGCUGUGUUUCCCAGUCCUCAGUUAUUCUGGGGGACGGAGUAAAUAGUGGUGACUUAGGAAAACAAAACCAGACUAUUUGGUAGAAUACAAAGCUGCCUGUGAGAUGGGUCGGUUUGGGCUUCCUUUCCGAGCAGAAGGAAUAAUAAUACCCAUGUAGUUCAUUCUAAGAGUGCCCAAGAUACUGUGAUCUCCUUUCAUCCUUACUCAGGCCUGUAACGUAGCUGUAAAUCCUCCCUUUACAAGUAAAGGAACCAGGGCCUAGAACAAUUAACUGCUGGUCAAUAAGUGGCUGGUUCCAAGGCCUCUGUUGUUUCUCUGCUGUGGCUAUGUAGUGCGCGAACACCAAGAUGUGGGUUUAAUUGAGCCAGGGUGUCCCUGCCGGGCUAGGAGAACCUAGUGCGAGGGUGAGCACGCCAGGAACACAUCAAGGUUUAUUUCCUCAAGAUCGUUCUGGAUAAAAAUGAAGGCAGCCCUUAACCAGAUGACUUUUUAUAAAAAUCCUUAUCCUUUUUCCUUCCCUUGUAAACUCGAUGAACCAUUUUCUCGUCCCCACAUUUCCAGAUGUGUGACCAGAGGAGGGACUCUGCCCAAUUCCAGUUGUGAGUCCCUUUGGAGUUUACAUCACUUGUUUUUCAGUUCUCAGUUUUCUGUCUAGUCCCUUCUUCCAAAAGCCAGCAUAGACCUCUGUGGUGGGACAAUUAUUGUUUAACAAAAUCUCUAGUUCCUUCGCUGCCAGUGAUGGCCUCAAUCACUUUAACGUAGUCAGGGACGAGUGUUUGCUCAUUAGCCAGAGGCUUCAGAGUGAACAUUCAAACCCCAAAGUAUAGAUGUUCACAUCCCAUCUUUCCCAGCUGGAGAAGGCCAAGCCAUGUGGGAGCCGGAGAGCUGCCGGUCUGUCUGCAGGGAGCGAGGUGAUCUUACCUGCCUGUUGAGAAUCAGUCAUUAAACAGAAGGGCCUCUGAGGCUUUUCAGCUCUCCUACCGAUGGAGGAGAAACUCUCCUGAGUCCACAAGUUCCAUGCUCAUUAACUUUCACAGCAACCCACACCCGCUAAAAUGUGUUGAAGGAAGGUGGUGCCAGAGAUGCAUUUUAAAAUAGUGUUUCUCUCCAGGCUUCCAUCUGCACACAUUGUGUCCAGAGCCGUGGCAUGUCAGUGCCCAGAGGCUGGGAAGGCAGAGAUGCUUGUGGAGACCGCCCUGGACUCUGGGGGUGUGCGGUGUCCCUGUCACUGGCCAGGCCUCCGCACCAUCCCUCUGCCAGUAUCCAGCAGCGUCUCUCACAAAAGCCUCUGAGAGAAGAUGGAGGGUGCCUUCCCUCUCGGGCCCCACCCAGAGCACCCACCCUGGCUUUAAGUGCUGGCCUUGAUGAGAAAACCUCCAGCCCAUGGCCUGCUGUCCAGCUCCCUUUGUGUCUGGGUUCCCUGCCCUGCAUAAUUUAGCAUUAGAGUGAAUACAACUGUCACUUUCCUCUCUCUGGAGAUCAUGAAGUGGCCAGACUUUCAGAACAAAAGGAAAAAAAAAUAUUACGUAACCAAGCAAAGGCUGGAACCACUGAGACAGCGCAGGGCUGUGUAGCUCUCAGUCAGUGCAUCCAUCCUCAGGCAGGCAGGCAGGCAGUCACCACAAGCACCGGGGCAGAGGGAACCCAGUUUCAUUUUGAGUUUCAGACAACUUGGGAGUUCUGACGUCUGCUUUGUGCCAUACUUGACUUACCUCAUUAUUCCUCCCAACAGCUCUGGGGGUAAGUGGGGUCAUCCUGGGAAACUCCCUAAACUCUGCGGCCCCUCAGCCUUCCAUCUUCAACUCCUCAGAGCACUUGAAACUCUUGCAGGAGUAGAAUCUCAUGUACCCUUGGGUACAGGGAAAUUGUCCUCCCAACUUCUUUCCAAAAUUUUAUCCUCAGAAUGCUGUCACCCUCCUCCCUGCUGUGGAGUGAGAAGGUCAGACACCCAGGAGGCUGGCGAAGAAGACUGGACAGGCCCAGUCAGCCAGCACCGGUGCUCAGCCUCUUCCUUGCCACCCUCAGGGAUAGGAAGUGGUGGUGGUGGUGGGGGUGGGGAGAGAAUACACAGGGGGGGAGGUCUUGUUCAUCCCCAGGGAGGUAGGAUGUGAGGGCCCUGGAUGGUCACAGUAAGCCGAGGGAGACAGGCCCAAACACACAUGGUCCAAACAGUCUGAACUGUUGAUGUGUUUAGUGCAGUGUUGACAGUAACUGAAUGCACUGCCAGCUUGCAGAAAUUUCCAACAUGUAAAGAAUGUAUGUAAAUUGUCAUGUCAUGAAAGUUUUUACCUUUUGCAAUUAAAAGCGUGUA